UUGAAAUAAAUAAUCUUUUUUUUUUUAAAUGCCCACUAUACCUUCUUGCUUGGUCCAUAUAUGGGAAGCCAAUUGAGAACAGAAAUAUUUCUCUUUCUCUGAAGCAGGAAAACAAACACAUGGUGUAUCCAUCUCUCUGCUCUCCCAUGAUCAUAGAAAGUCUCAUCUUUCUUUUCCUGCUUAUCUCCCAAACAACCUGCAAUUCUACAGAAAUAAAUGAUCAGUGUGCAGCUUCUUCAUGUGGAAAUAUCCAUAACAUUAGUUACCCUUUUCGAUUACAUACUGAUCCAAAAAAUUGCGGAGACCACAAUAUGAGCUUGCUUGUGAAAAUAAUCUGACAGUGUUGAGUCUAUUCGGAGGAAAAUACUAUGUUCAGGCCAUCAACUACGAUAACUUCACUAUCCGACUGGUGGAUGCCGGCGUCAAUCAAUAUGAUUGUUCCUCCAUUCCUCGUUUUCCUUUUACUUUCGACAACUUAAUUUUGGGAAAUCAUGGAUACUUGGUUUCCGAUUUAACGCGUAUGAUUUGUUUCAUCAAGUGCCCAAGUCCAGUUCACUCUCCAUCUUACUUGGACUAUUCUGCUUGCAUCAAUGGAGGAUCUGCCUUGAAGAUGCAUACUUAUGCGAUGAUUAUAGAUGAAUCGAAUUGGAUAUCUGAUUUGAUGGAUUUGUGCAGCUUGGAGACGAUAUCUUUGAUUCCACAUGAAUUGGGCUUGGAGAACAAGAAUAAUAGAUCCUGCGUUGAAAUUCACAGGCGACUUGCAUUUGGGUUUCAGCUUUACUGGCAAAGCAACAGCUCGGUAAUCUUCCUGGACGUUGAUAACCGCAUCAGUGGUAUAAGUACACUCUUCAAUGAGUUUAUAUAUGGAAUCAGUUUGAUCAUCGAAACAAUCGAAUGUAAGUUUUCUCACCAUUUAUGUAAUCGUAAUUAAGUGGAGAUUAUAUAAUUUACCACUUAAAGUUUACUUGAAAAAU